CGCCGUCGUCCCCAGCAUACUCCUCUCCCGAACGAUAUCGCCGUCGACUUGGGCGAUUUACCACCAUGAAGCUCGUAAGAUUUUUGAUGAAACUCAACAAUGAGACUGUAACGAUUGAACUCAAAAACGGAUGCGUCGUCCAUGGGACGAUCACUGGGGUCGACAUGCAAAUGAACACUCAUCUCAAAACGGUCAAAAUGACCGCUCGCAACCGUGAUCCGACAUCCCUCGACUCGCUUUCAAUCCGCGGAAACAACAUCCGUUACUUUAUCCUUCCUGACUCCUUGCCUCUUGACACUCUUCUUGUCGACGAUGCGCCUAAACCGAAGGGAAGGAAGAAGGAAGAUACACGCGGAAGGGGUCGUGGUGGUCGUGGCGGAGGAGACAGGGGUCGUUCUCGUGGACGUGGACGAGGCCGGGGCCGGGGUUUCUAGUCGUUCGAUGGAGCAUUGAACGGAUGUGGGAAUAGCGAUGCGCGAUCCGAUGUUAUUGAAUGCAGUACGUCGUUUGUCUCACUGCACGAACCUCUGGCUUUCUUGCUAGUUUUGUAUCCAUUCUUCUGUUUAUCUUGUCCAUCUCAUCCUCUCGCCUUGUGAGCCAUUACAUAGCAAUUCGCGCUUUGCUCUCC